UUCAAAUUGACUCGUGCACUUUCUCGAGAAGGUCUUUCAACAACGAGCUUUUAUUUUUCGGAAUUGCAUAAAUCAUCGUAUCACGUAAAUCGAAUCGUACGACCUUAUUACAUCGCGAUUAUAUCGAAUGACAAUGACAUUAAUGAGUUUUCCUUAGCAACCAGUACCUUAGACAUGUCAUUUCCUAUAUGGCUAGUUUUAUUCAUUUACAACGGACAUGAUCCCGAUUAUUGUUACAAUCCACCAGGUAACAUAUUUCAUUUAAGAUUCGACUCGGAAAUGUUGGUACGUUGCGAUACCGAAAAUAUUCUACGAGAAUGGUAUUCGAUCGAUAUCGAUUCGAAUCGAACCGAGAUCGAAGAUUUAGCAACCUGGAGUAUAGAAAAAGGUAUUACUAAAAUUGCUCCAGAUUCUCUUUACAAGAGAAGAUAUAAUUUACAGGGUUUGUCUAUGAGAGCCGUUUUAGUUAAGUCUUCAUCGAUAAUAUACAUAAAUGAGGUUGGCGAAUUAGAUGGUAUAUUUGGUAGAAUGUUACGAGAGCUUUGUGUUAAUCUGAAUUUUAGUUUUAAAAUUGUCUCGGAGGUAGAUUCUUACGGAAAAUGGGAUUCGAAAAAUAACACUUGGACCGGUGCAAUUGGUGAAUUAUAUUCUGGACGAGCAGACGUUUCUUUUUCAACAUUUACUAUGACGAAAGCCAGAUUGAAUGCCGUUGAUUUCACGUUCCCUCUUGUCACAUCAAAAGUAUCUCUUUACAUACGAGAACCAGAAAUAUUCGAGAUCAAGUGGUCAUCUUAUUUUUUAACUUUCUCACGAUCUAUUUGGAUCGCUAUAUUUGCGGUAUUAAUCCUUGUACCGAUUUUAUUGAUUUUUCUCAAAAUGAAGGAUAGAAACGAUCGUAGUAUGGGACAAUUAUUAUCCGAUAAUUUUCUGGAUGUUUGGGGCAUGUUUUGUCAACAGGGAUUGGCAGAUAUUCCUGAUAGAGUUUCAUUAAGAAUAGCGUACUAUUCUAUAUUUCUUUUGGCUAUGAUCACAUCGGCUGCAUAUUCUGCGUCAAUGAUGAGUUUUUUGACGAUCGGUAUACACAAUGUACCUUUUCGUUCACUGGAGGACUUCGUCGAAGAUGGUACUUAUCAAUUUUCCGUUUAUCGCGAUUCGGCAGACUAUGAUUUUUUCGCAAAUUCGGAUGAACCUCUUGCAAAGAAAUUAAUGAAGUUGAUGUUGGACGAGGAAAAAUUGCCAAUAACUGUAUCGGAGGCACUUAUGAAUAUUUGUAAAAAUCAUAAAUUAGCAAUUUAUUCGUCCAAUCUAGAAAGGGAAUCUGAACUUAGUAAGAUGCCAUGUAAUAUUGUUCGUAUCGAUACGGGGCGUAAAAAAGCAUUUGCCAUUAUUUUGUCUAAGAACAAUCCAUUCACUAAUGUCAUCAAUUUUCACUUGACAACAUUUAUCAACAAUGGAAUGAAUAAUCGUAUAAAAGAUAUGCUACCUGAAAAUGAUGCCAAUGAUAUGAUCAAGCAUCAAUCGGUUUACAUAACCAGUGUAAUAUCACUUUUUUUCUUCAUUUUAAUCGGUAUCAUUGUAAGUGUCUGUAUUCUGAUGAUAGAAAGAUGUAUUUUUGCUCGUAAAAGGAAGAAGAUGUCGAUGGUAUCUCGAUUGUAUCCAAUCAAUUGAAUUGUUAGAAUUUUACGAUGCGAAGUUAUCGGAAAAGAAUACAUUAAUCACGAAUGAGUAUUCAUGAAAUAUUAAUGACUAUGCUAAUAUUCGUUUUUAAUGAAUUAUUAUGCUUGUAAUUUCCUAAUGGAAGAAAAAUAUUCUUACGCAUAUCUAAACUUUUGCAUUAUUUAGCACUGUUUUAAAUUGAAAUGAAAUGUCUUCAUUAUGUUAAACGUUGAUACAUUCGUAUGAUACAUUUUCUUUAUCAGAGGAAUGCACGCGUGUAAGUAUUUUAAUUCCUUCGAAAUACUUCGAAUAUUUCAAAUUUUCUAUGUAGGGCAAAUCAUAUCUUGUCUUCACCAGCAUGUUAAAUAGUCUUUGAUAACUAUCAGGAUUUAUCAUCACGCACGUACGUUAUGACGUACGU